AUGUUAUUUAGAUAAAAGGAAAGAGUGCCAGAUGUUGGGAAAGACAAUUUUAGAGAAUUUAUGAGAAGAGAAGAUGACUCAUGUGCAAAUACUUAAAAUAUCCUACCAAAUUUCAUGAAUAGCACAAUUCAAGCUUAAACAAAGCAAUCGCAAACUCCAUCAGCCUUAGAUGGUUCAAUUAAGAUGUUAGGAAACACUUGGGAUGCAUAGCACCUGGGGAAGUUCUUGCAACAUAGUCAGUUUGCCUCACUAGGUGCUAGAACUAUGAAAUUAGGAGACACUCAAUAAAAUAUGACUCUGAAAAAUUAAAGCUAUUACUUUCGAAGUCUCUAGCCCAGAUUGAUUGAAGAUAAUAUAGAUUAUUUACACUAGCAAUCCAUAAAUCAUUUGAUUACAUAGCAUCCACUACAAUCCACUAGUCAGACAUUCUUGAAAAAAAAACUAUUGUAAAUUCCAGAAAAACUAUUUGAUGAAGCCAAAAUUAAUUAUUAAACUGAAGCAGAACUCAAGAAACCUGAGUAAUAUCGUAAGGACUUGUAAGAAGCUAAAUAACAUUAAGCCAAAUACCACUAAUGGAGAUCUUAGUUUUAAGAUGUCAAUAAAGCCUAUAAGAAGGCAAAAUUGGGUUUCAAGUCUGGUUUGUUUGCCUUGGAUAAUCCAACUAACGACUAGACUGAAUUAUAUAGAGAAGAACAUGAAAAACUAAAAAAAUAAGAGGAGUAUAAGUCUAAUUAACAUUUCAAGAGAUUUAAGUCACUUGAGAGAUUUAAUUGCAGUAAUCCAUCAAUUGAGUUUGACAAUGUGAGACAUAUAUAAAAUAAGCCUAAUCCAGAAGACCCUCUUUUGCAUUCAGGAUAGUUCCCUUCUAUGAAUUUUGAGAUGCAUAAGGAUUGGAUGAAGAAAAGAACAGCCAAUUAAAAUGCUGAUACUUCAAAUAGAAUAUUCGGAAAGACAGAUAACGAUCGUAAGGUGAAUACUUAUAGAGCUCAACAUUUGAAGGAUUAAGAAAUGAGAGGAAGAGAUUACAAUGCCAUUACAUUAGUGAAAGAAUGA